UUUUCUUUUCAAGACAGGGUUUCUGUGUAACAGCCCUGGCUGUCCUGGAGCUUGUUUUAAUGACCCCCCUGCCUGGCCUCCCGCGUGCUGGGGUUAAAGGCAGGUGCCGCUGCACUCAGUGGAAAUUUCUUAAUUAGUUACUGAUCUGGGAGGGUCUAGUCCAUUGUGGGGCGGGUGGUCCUGGGUUCUAUGAGAAAGCAGGCUGAGGAAAUCAGGAAGCAAGCCAGGAAGCAGCACUCUCCCAUGGCCUCCAGGUUCCCGUCCGAGUUCUUGCUUUCGCUUUUCUAGUAGACUGUGGCACGGAGUAUGUUAACCACAUAAAAACCCUUUCCUCCUGACGUUGUUUUUUGGUUGUGAUGUUUCUUCACAGCAAUAAUAACCCUAAGACAGUCUCUCAUCCCGCCUGGGGGCGUUGCUACUUCUGGCCAGUAAGCCUCAGAGGGCAGUUCAACUUCAGCAAGGAGAGAUUGGCUCUCUGCCAUCAGUGACAUGAGUGUUCAGGCCCAGCAAGGUGUAAGAGAUCCCACUGAUCCUCUGUGCACAGCCCGUGCUCCACGCCACUCCUCCCAGCUCCUCCUCCCGGCCUCUGUUCCCGCCUCCCCCGCCCUACAUCCCAUUGCAGAUGUAAAGCCCAGUCCGGUUCACAGACUUCAGCCACAUUUUCCCUGCUCCUGCGCACAGCACAGCUCCAUGGCCCAGUGUGGGACGUCGGUGGCCGCCGCCGCCCUGGCGCUGCUCUUGCUGCUCCUGCCGCCAAACCUUGCGUGGUACAAGCCUGCGGCGGGACCCCAGCACUACUCGGUGGGCCGCGCCGCGGGGCUGCUGUCCAACUUCCACAAGUUCCCGUCCCCGCGACGCUCCGAGUCCCCAGCACUCCCUGCCGGAAUUGGACCCCUACGCUUGGAGAUGCGCUCUAGCCUAAGGAGCCUUGCCCUGUGUGUCAAAGAGGUGACCCCGAACCUGCAGAGCUGCCGGCGGCAAUUCAACAGCCCAGGGACUUUGCAGUGUAAAGCGGACGUCUUCUUAUCGCUGCAGGAGGCUGAAUGCCAACAGCCUGAGCCCUGAAACCCCUCAUGUCCAGCCUUGCUUGAAGCAGCACAGGCCCUGUCAUGUGGGUUGGCGCCCGUGACCCCUAACUCCUACCAUGCUCCACAGCAAAUAGCUAAAUGAAUAAAGACGCAAACCGUGUCUGCUGAGGGUUGCUGGAGGUGACUAGUGCUCCUGGGAGUGGGUGGACGAAGCAGGCCCUCCGGCCACUGCUAGGCUUCCCUAUAGCAUCCCCUUCCCUGGCCAGGCUGGGUCUUUCCCUCUUCCACAGAGCAAGAACAGGUAUAGAGGCUCCCCAACCCCACAGUCUGCACAGGUGACCCCCCCUACAUAAGUAGUAGGCACUGGGCAUAGACAGUUCCUAGUAGGUCAUCUGAAACAGCCCCACCAUGCUGCCCCUCAAGUCAGUCCAGGUUCCUAGGUUCUUUCCGGAAGUCCUGCUUUGUGUCUAGCCUCACUCUAGGCAACCCUGCUGCUUCUGGAAUUCCUGCUGCCCCCACCCCUAACCUUGUCUGCCUCUCACCUUUUAAAGUCCCUCCCCAAACACCUUGAAGCACUAAGUACUUAGCUGCUGUAUGUUCAACAAAUCAGGACCAGAAGUGAGGUGCACUGAUCUAGAGUAAGGCUCUAACUGCACAGGAGCCCUUAGACCCAUCCCCAAACGCCCACUGCCCUGAGGGCCAGAGCCUGGCCCUCCCCUCACAUAUUCUGGGCCCUGGCCACAAAGCCAAGUGGGCAGCUGGCUUGAGUCCUGCCUUCCCUCCCGCCCAAGGCAAACACCCCCAGGUGCCAGCUCCGUAGCUGAGCGAGCUCUGGUCUGGGAGCCCCUGAGCCUGCUGUUGAGGGUGUCUUCCUCUCCAUGGUGCCUCACCCAGAGGCCACAGGUGGCACAGAGCAUGCCUACCAGUGAAGUGUUCCUUUGGAGACCAGCACACUCGGUGGCUUCCUUGACCUGAGACUGUGCUGAGUAUUCCACAGCCCAGGGUUCUAGCGUGGGCACCACCCCCGUUCCUAGCAGGCAGGGCUGAGCACUGUACCUCUGAGCACUGUACAGGCUGGAGGUAGGUAUGCCCCUCCUCCAGAUCCUGACCCCAGGUCUCAUAUGCUCACAAAGGCUCUCCUGCUUCCAAGGGAAGAGAGAAGGCAGGUCUACCUGCUUCAGUACGUGCAGAGACCAGGUGUGGGAUAAGAGUACCAGCAGCAUCCUUGUUUGGGAGAAGCCAGGACUUCAGCACUCCCCUACAGUCAACCACCAAGAGGCAGCUGUAGGAGCCUCAGCAACCUGGUAGUUGCCAAGAUCCUGGGUCUACAGAAGAGCCAGGGCAGGUACACAGGCUGCCCAGCUUCCUGGCCUGGCCUGUUCUCCCUUCUCUAAAAGAAUCCCUGCUGUGGACGGGUUUCCUGCAUCUUCCUGGGGCCAGGUGCCCGCCGGGUGCCCCCGCUAGGCUUUAUUCAGGGAGCCAAAGAAAUUUACAUCGGCCACUGAGGUACAAAAUGAGGACCACGGAGUCUGUGCAGAGAAAGUCAAGCUGGCCCAGCCGUCAGGGAAGUACAUCUUCUGGGAAUCAGGAAUGGGGUGCUAGAACGUGCCCCAAAGUAGAGGGUGACCACUUGCAGGUCAUCCCCCUCUGUACCUCUCAUCAAAGCUGGGCCGGCAGAUUGCAGCUUCCAGUCAGGCAGGAGGGGCGCCCCCAACCAAGACUGGGGCAGUGGCAGUCGGAACUGUGGACGCUAAGGACACACAGCAACACUCCUCCGUCUCCUGUCCACUGGGCUGCUUCACUGUGCUGGCCACCCUCUCUGGGCAGCUCAGUGCAAAGGACUGAGCCUGUGGCAAGGUGGGCGGUGGGCGCCUCACAGGCGGUAGAACAGCAUCCUCCAGCAAGGCCAGCUUCCUUUGGAAUUAUGUGAGCUGACACCAGGACACAGAAGCAGAGCAGGGUCGGGAGAGAAGAGAUGGGCACAGAGCAAGGGCGUGAGUGACAUCCUCCAGGUCA